AUGGAUUCCGAAUAUGUCCUAUGCAACUGGAAAGGUCACUUUUGGCCAGCAAAGGUUUUGUCCAGAUCCGAGAUCUCACCAAAAAAUAAUAGGAAAAAGGCACUUUCUCUAGAAGUUCAAAUACUCUCAGUUGAUGAAAAAAUUAGAGUGAAAAGCACAGACAUAAAGAUGUCAAAUGAGUCUCAAAUUGAAUCCAUUGCCUCCUCGCUAGUGGCCCAGUCGAAGGCCGGUGUCCCACCAGAAGAGGAAGCGGCCUACAGAAACGCCCUUACAGCGGCACAGGAGAUUCUGAAUGAGAGAGCAAAUCUGGGUCCAGCAAGAGCAUCAGAUGAUCCAGAGACCACGACGCUGUCUCAGAAGGGAACGCGAAAGCCAUCUUGUAGGAAGUAUCGGAAGCCCAGAGGGAACUUACUGAGGAGUCUUGGGAAAAGCAAAAAACCCAAAUCACUGUGGGUGCGUUCAGAGAGGGAGGGCGCCCCAGAUGGCAUCAAAUCACAGGUGCACACAACCGUCGCUCCUAUUCCCAGGGAAGUGCAAACAACGUCCACACAAAGCUCCAGCGUGUGCCCAAACUUCCUGUCACUUUCAGAAGAUGACCAUGAGAAAGAGGGCAAGGAAAAGAGGGACACCUCAAGAGUUAUGUCCUUGCAUUGCACAGUCAAGGAGGAGGGUGCAGGUGCUCAAGAUGGAGGCGUCCUUCCAUCUCUGCCACCAGGUCUCAUCCUCACGGUGCCCAAGGCUCUGCAAGAAGAGGCACACGACACCUGCCCAAAGCCCCUGGCUGUCUCUUCUGAAUGCUCUACCUUCUGCGGGAAUGUCGAGGACCCUGGAGCGGGUGCCUGGAAGCCGGGCAUGGAAAGUGUGGCAGCAUCCUCCAGUGCCCCUAACCUGAGCCCACGUUAUUCACUCCGUCUGGCAAAUAGAAAAAGGAAGCUGCAGGGACCAGAGUCUGAGAGACAACUGCAAGAACUUCAACGUUUAGUUGACUCAAAGGCUGUUAAUCCCACCACCACUCCUAAAAAGGAUGUUGGCAAGGAAGCGGGACAACCGACCAGCAUGGCUUUGCCUCAGGAUCCCUGUCCCAUUGAAAGCGGAAUGAUGGUCUGGUUUAAAUUUCAAAAUCACCCAUUUUGGCCAGCAGUGGUAAAGACUGUCAGCCCAACAGAGCAGACUGCAAGGGUGCUUUUGAUUGAGGCAAACAUGCGCCUCAAAGAGAGCGGCAUUCAAGUUCCUCUUCGAAGAUUAAAGCAUCUGGAUUGUAAAGAGAAAGAAAAACUAAUAAAGGGAGCCAGGAAAGCAUAUGAGCCAAGUGUGAACUGGUGCUUCUCCCUGAUUUCCCACUACAGAGAAGGGCUCAGUCGCGGGUCUUUUGCGGGCUCCUUCCUGGACUAUUAUGCUGCUGACGUCAGUUACCCAAUUAGGAAAGCCAUCCAAGACAGCACUCUGGAGAUUGAUUUCCCACAGGUGAACUAUGCUGACCUGGAAGAUUCUGAGGAGGAGACAUCCCUGGGCGGGAAGAGGCCCCACAAGAGAAUUCUCCCUGACCGGAUGAAGGCCGCUUGGGACCGAGCCAACCAGAAGCUAGUGGACUUCAUCGUGGAAAGAAAGGGGGCUGACCACCAUCUUCUGGACAUUGUCAAAGGCAGGAAACAGUCCAGGUGGCUGGCAUCAUUUCUGAGUUCAAACAGGUAUGUGAUCUGCGUCGAAACAUACCUGGAGGAUGAAGACCAGUUGGAUGUCGUGGUAAGACAUUUACAGGAAAUCUACAAGCAAAUAGACAAGAAAAUGCUGAAUCUGAUAAGAGAUGACCAAGUGAGUUUUGUUCUGGAAGUUCUUCUGCCAGAGGCAAUCAUCUGUUCAAUUGCUGCACUUGAUGGAUUAGAUUACAAGGAGGCAGAAGAAAAGUACCGGCAAGGGCCACCUGUGCAUUCCCGGGAAAAAGAACUAUUUGAUAAAAACAUCUUAAAGGAAACGAGAAAGAGGUCAGCAACAAGGAGCAAGGCUCAAUAA